AUGAUAUCUCUCGGGCAGCUAAGAGCUAACGGCUUAUCCCGCCAGAUAUUCAAUUGUUUGCAUAAGAACGGCGCUUAUCCAUUACAGAUAAGUCGGCCUGCGACUCUCUCUGCCAUCCACAGAGGAGUGCGGCGAUCUGAGAGAGUCCAGUUCGGAGACCAAUACAGAGAUCGAGAUUCCUCAGGUAGGGGCAGAAGUGAUGGAUUGACUAGAAGGGCGCUCGACGGCGCUGCAUCUCCUCGGCAACAGCAAAAGCUACGCAAGAAACUUGGUCGAAAGGCGGCCGAGGAAGAGGACGAGGAAUCCGGCAAAGAGACUAGACGCAAGCGCUUCCUCAAUCCAGAGUCUGACUAUGGGAAGAAGAGCCUAGUGUACCAGCUUAAACAUGGAGCAUUCAAAGAUCAGGCGGCCGCCCUCGUACAAGAGCCAGUACGUCCGCUGCCAUACCAGAGAUUAGAAACCAGUCCUCGGCGCAGGACGGAAUCUCCUCGGUAUGCGUCAGAGCGCUCGGAAAGGCCUCCCUAUUCAGACAGGCGUCCUGAUAGGCGUUCAGUCGGGCGCUCAACAGGGCGCUCAUCUGAUCGCCCUCGCCCAUUUGAUCGCAGAGAACCCUUUGAUCGCAGAGAGACUUUUGAUCGCAGAGAUGACGCCAAUGGGGAUGUGGAAACGCCGCAGCCUCGCGAGAGGAGAAACCAGAUGAUGGCUAUGAAUAUCAAGUAUACAACCGCCGCGUCGCAGUUCCUCUACGGCAAGUCUGUUGUCAAAGCAGCACUAGAACAAGGACGACGGAAGCUAUACAAACUCUUCAUCUACGGAGGCGAGAAUCGAAAGGACUCAAAGGAUAACGCCAUCAUCACGAGAUUAGCGGAGAGACGAGGGGUUCCGAUUACUAUUAUCCCAAAUGAGGACCAGAGAUUAAUGGACAAGAUGAGUAUGGGUCGACCACACAAUGGGUUCGUUCUAGAAACGUCGCCCUUACCUCGAUUACCCGUGAAGUCUCUAGGGAGGCUCGAAGAAACUCUGGGGAAGUUAGGUUUUCAUGUUGAGUUGGAUCACCAGUCAAAAGAGGAAGAAGAUAUUAACGGGCAUGAUACAUUCAUCCCACGGAAAAACAACAACGCACCAAAACCCUUUGUUCUAUUGCUCAAUGAGAUCCUAGAUCCAGGCAACCUGGGAGGCAUCCUUCGAACAGCGAGUUAUCUCGGCAUCGAUGCAGUGGGCAUCACAAAUCGCAGCUCAUCGACACUCACUCCUGUUGUGCUUAAAUCCGCGGCCGGUGCUGUGGAAGAGAUUACAAUCUUCAGCGUUGACUCGCCUGUCAGCUUCAUAGAAGAAUCGCGAAAAGCUGGAUGGAAGACAUAUGCCGCUGUUGCCCCGCCAGACCCCAAACUUGCUCAGAGACACGGAGACAAGUUCAUCUCAACAGCCACUGUAGAGUCGGAACAGCCGCUGGCGAGCCAUCCCACGAUAUUGGUCCUGGGAAAUGAAGGUCAUGGCCUAUCCAAGCCAAUCAAGGUGGCGGCUGAUUACGAGCUAUCAGUGCCGUACUUUGUUCAGAACAGCUGCGUGGAUAGCUUGAACGUCAGUGUUGCUGCUGGCUUGCUAUGCCAUGCUUUUGUGAGGGCCCCAGCUGUUGUAAAGUCGACAGCUGAGAAAAACGAGAAGGAGGAGACUUCAACGGAAACCGCAUCGGGUGCCGAGAAGAAUGAAAAUCAAGACGAGAGAGACGCUCUUUUCUAA